UCAACAUGAACACUUUGGCUUGUGUUUUGUUCGCCUCCAUGGUGGCGUCCUCUCUGUGUGCUCCUCUGGAGAACACCACACCGAUACCCAUCGUCGCAUACACCGCCGAUGGACCAAAUCCAGACGGAUCCUACGCCUUCAGCUACGAGACUGCAAACGGCAUCAAGGCAUCGGAACACGGUCAACUAAAGCAGCUGAACGAUACGAACUCCGUAGUGGUUGUUGAAGGAUCCUACAGUUACUCUGUUGCUGACGGAAACCCGGUCGUCUUGAGUUACGUGGCCGACGAAAAUGGCUUCCAGCCAAAGGGUGAACAUCUUCCGACCCCGCAUCCGAUCCCUGAAGGAAUUUUAAAAGCCUUGGAAUACAUCGCUGCGCAUCCUGAACAAGACAAAGUUCGUUGAUCGUUCGAUUGUGUUAUAGAAAUAAGACUUUGACGCGACGAUGGCUGCAAACCAUCGCGACACUUUCUUUAUGGACUCGCUUCUUCC